UAGGUGGCGGUAUGCACCUAAAAGUUGUUUGCAAUCCGCCAUUAACCAAGAGAAGAAGAAGAAAAACGAGAGACUUGAACAUCUUGGAUAGGGUUGAUCAGAAGAGAUCAGAAGCAGAGCCCAGCUGUGUGUUUAUGAAGAGUGACGAGUCUAUAGGUCCUCCACAACAUUUCAGUUCAGUUCAUCUGAAGAAAUCAGAAGCAGAGCCCAGCUGUGUGUCUAUGAGGAGUGAUGCUUCUAUGGAUUCUCCACUUAAUUUUAAGAGUGAUGACACAAGGUUUAACCUCAAGUCAAACCUGCAACACAGAUCAGUAACAAAACCCGUCUGUGAGAAAUAUGACCAGCCUGUGAAUCAACCACAAGACAGCAUGUAUCCUGGUGUAAGCCAUGAAGUCCUCAACACGUUCAGAUCAAAUCUGCUGAAGAAGUUUGGUCGUCUGUAUGAGGGAACAGCGACGCAGGGAAACCCAACACUCCUGAAUGAGAUCUACACAGAGCUCUACAUCACAGAGAGUGAGAGUGGAGAGAUCAGUAAUGAGCAUGAGGUGAGACAGAUUGAGACACAAUCCAGGAGAGCAGCAACAGAGGACACAGCCAUCAAAUGCAGUGACAUCUUUACACCUUUACCUGGACAAGACAAAGCCAUCAGAACUGUGCUGACAAAGGGAGUCGCUGGCAUUGGAAAAACAGUCUCUGUGCAGAAGUUCAUCCUGGACUGGGCUGAAGGGAAAGAGAAUCAGGACGUCCAGCUCAUAUUUCCACUGCCUUUCAGAGAAAUCAACCUGAUGAAGGACAAAACACUCAGUCUUUCAGAUCUUCUUCAUGUGUUUUUCCCUGAAACUAAAGAAAUGGAAAUAUCCAGUGAUGAAUAUAAAGUGUUGUUCAUCUUUGAUGGUCUGGAUGAGUUUAGUCUGUCUCUGGACUUUAAGAGUAAAGUGAAACUGUGUAAUAUAUCUGAAUCAGCCUCAGUGGAUGUGCUGCUGAUGAACCUGAUUGUGGGGAAUCUGCUUCCCUCUGCUCUCAUCUGGAUCACCUCCAGACCAGCAGCAGCUGAUCUCGUCCCCUCUGAGUGUGUCCAUCGAGUGACAGAGGUACGAGGCUUCAAUGAGCCACAGAAGCAGGAAUACUUCAGGAAGAGAAUCAGUGAUCAGAGUCUGGCCGAAGCAAUCAUCUCACACCUGAAGUCAUCAAGGAGCCUCUACAUCAUGUGCCACAUCCCAGUGUUCUGCUGGAUCUCAGCCGCUGUUCUGGAGAAGAUGUUGAGUCCAGCAGAGAGUGGAGAGAUUCCCAAGACUCUCACUCAAAUGUACACACGCUUCCUGAUCCUUCAGACCAACAUCAAUCAUGAGAAGGACUAUGAGAAAAAGGUGACAGAUGAAGACAUGAUCCUCAAACUGGGGAAAGUGGCUUUUGAGCAGCUUGUGAAAGGGAACCUGAUCUUCUAUGAGGAAGACCUGAGAGAGUGUGGCAUUGAUGUGACAGAAGCAUCAGUGUACUCAGGAUUGUGCUCUCAGAUCUUCAGAGAGGAGUUGGGCUUGUAUCAGGAAGUCUUCUGCUUUGUUCAUCUGAGCAUUCAGGAACAUCUAGCAGCUCUAUAUGUGCACCUCUCCUGGACAAACCACAACAGAAAUGAGUUUGAGCAAAUCACCAAACAGAGUUUACAGUCUAAAAUGAAGGACUUGUUUCAACUCAGUUCAUCAGAAGAUGUUUCAUUAUCUGACCUGCAUCAGAGAGCUGUGGAUGAGGCUCUACGGAGUAAAAAUGGACAUCUGGAUCUUUUCCUGCGGUUCCUUCUGGGUUUGUCAGUGGAGUCUCAUCAGAUUCUCCUACAACGAAUAAUGACGCUGAAAAGAAGCAGCUCUGACAGCAAUGAGAAAACAGCUGAGUACAUCAAGAAGAAGAUCAGGACCAUUGACUCUCCAGAGAAAUCCAUCAAUCUGUUCCACUGUCUGAAUGAACUGGGUGAUCGUUCACUAGUGGAGCAAAUACAACAGUAUCUGAAAUCUGGACAUUUAAGUGCAGCCAAACUCUCUUCAUCUCAGUGGUCAGCUGUAGCUUUUGUGUUGUUGACAUCAGAAGAGGAUCUGAAUGUGUUUCAUUUUCAUAAAUUUGUGAAAAGAAAGAAUAAUCCUGAAAAUAUGAAAGUUCUUCAGAAGUUGCUGCCUGUGAUUAAAGAAUCCAGAUCAGUUGAGUUGAGUGGUUGUGGCGUCACAGAUGAAGGUUGUGCUGCUCUUGCUUCAGCUCUGAGAUCAAACCCCUCACGUCUGAGACUCCUGGAUCUGUCUGAGAAUAAUCUAGGAGAUUCAGUGAAGCUGCUUUCUGAUGUACUACAGGAUCCUGACUGUAAACUGGAGAAACUGUGGUUGAGUAAGUGUGGCAUCACAUAUGAAGGUUGUGCUGCUCUGGCUUCAGCUCUGAGAUCAAACCCCUCACACCUGAUAGAACUGGAUCUGUCUGAGAAUAAACUAAGAGAUUCAGUGAAGCUGCUUUCUGAUGUACUACAGGAUCCUCGCUGUCAACUGGAGACACUGUGGUUGAGUGAUUAUGGCGUCACAGAUGAAGGCUGUGCUGCUCUGGCUUCAGCUCUGAGAUCAAACCCCUCACACCUGAAAUUCCUGGAUCUGUCUGAGAAUAAACUAGGAGAUUCAGUGAAGCUGCUUUCUGAUGUACUACAGGAUCCUCACUGUAAACUGGAGACACUGUGGUUGUUUGAUUGUGGCGUCACAAAUUGUGCUGCUCUGGCUUCAGCUCUGAGAUCAAACCCCUCACACCUGAGAGAACUGGAUCUGUCGUGGAAUGAACUAGAAGAUUCAGUGGCGCUGCUUUCUGAUGGACUACAGGAUCCACGCUGUAAACUGGAGAAACUAAGGUUGUUGGUUUGUGACGUCACAGAUGAAGGUUGUGCUGCUCUGGCUUCAGCUCUGAGAUCAAACCCCUCACACCUGAGAGAACUGAAUCUGUCUGAGAAUAAACUAGGAGAUUCAGUGAAGCUGCUUUCUGAUGUACUACAGGAUCCUCACUGUAAACUGGAGAUACUGAGGUUGUAUAAUUGUGGCGUCACAGAUGAAGGUUGUGCUGCUCUGGCUUCAGCUCUGAGAUCAAACCCCUCACACCUGAGAGAACUGAAUCUGUCUGAGAAUAAAGUAAGAGAUUCAGUGAAGCUGCUUUCUGAUGCACUACAGGAUCCUCGCUGUAAACUGGAGAUACUGAGGUUGUAUUGUUGUGGCGUCACAGAUGAAGGUUGUACUGCUCUGGCUUCAGCUCUGAGAUCAAACCCCUCACACCUGAGAGAACUGAAUCUGUCUGAGAAUUAUGUAGGAGAUUCAGUGAAGCUGCUUUCUGAUGUACUACAGGAUCCUCGCUGUAAACUGGAGACACUGUGGUUGAGUUAUUGUGGCGUCACAGAUGAAGGUUGUGCUGCUCUGGCUUCAGCUCUGAGAUCAAACCCCUCACACCUGAGAGAACUGGAUCUGUCUGUGAGUAAACUAAGAGAUUCAGUGAAGCUGCUUUCUGAUGUACUACAGGAUCCUCACUGUAAACUGGAGAAACUGUGGUUGAGUUAUUGUGGCGUCACAGAUGAAGGUUGUGCUGCUCUGGCUUCAGCUCUGAGAUCAAACCCCUCACACCUGAGAGAACUGAAUCUGUCGAGUAAUAAACUAAGAGAUUCAGUGAAGCUGCUUUCUGAUGUACUACAGGAUCCUCACUGUAAACUGGAGAUACUGAGGUUGUAUUGUUGUGGCGUCACAGAUGAAGGUUGUGCUGCUCUGGCUUCAGCUCUGAGAUCAAACCCCUCACACCUGAGAGAACUGGAUCUGUCGAGGAAUAAACUAAGAGAUUCAGUGAAGCUGCUUUCUGAUGUACUACAGGAUCCUCACUGUAAACUGGAGACACUGUGGUUGUGGGAUUGUGGCGUCACAGAUGAAGGUUGUGCUGCUCUGGCUUCAGCUCUGAGAUCAAACCCCUCACACCUGAGAGAACUGAAUCUGUCUGAGAAUAAACUAAGAGAUUCAGUGAAGCUGCUUUCUGAUGUACUACAGGAUCCUCACUGUAAACUGGAGAAACUGAGGUUGAGUGAUUGUGGCGUCACAGAUGAAGGUUGUGCUGCUCUGGCUUCAGCUCUGAGAUCAAACCCCUCACACCUGAGACACCUGGAUCUGUCUUAUAAUAAACUAGGAGAUUCAGUGAAGCUGCUUUCUGAUGCACUACAGGAUCCUCACUGUAAACUGGAGAAACUGAAGUUGAGAUAUUGUGGCGUCACAGAUGAAGGUUGUGCUGCUCUGGCUUCAGCUCUGAGAUCAAACCCCUCACACCUGAGAGAACUGUAUCUGUCUGAGAAUAAACUAAGAGAUUCAGUGAAGCUGCUUUCUGAUGUACUACAGGAUCCUCACUGUAAACUGGAGAAACUGAGGUUGUAUGAUUGUGGCGUCACAGAUGAAGGUUGUGCUGCUCUGGCUUCAGCUCUGAGAUCAAACCCCUCACACCUGAGACACCUGGAUCUGUCUGGGAAUAAACUAAGAGAUUCAGUGAAGCUGUUUUCUGAUGUACUACAGGAUCCUCAAUGUAAACUGGAGACACUGUGGUUGUAUGAUUGUGGCGUCACAGAUGAAGGUUGUGCUGCUCUGGCUUCAGCUCUGAGAUCAAACCCCUCACACCUGAGAGAACUGAGUCUGUCUGGGAAUAAACUAAGAGAUUCAGUGAAGCUGCUUUCUGAUGUACUACAGGAUCCUCACUGUAAACUGGAGAUACUGAGGUUGAGGGAUUGUGGCGUCACAGAUGAAGGUUGUGCUGCUCUGGCUUCAGCUCUGAGAUCAAACCCCUCACACCUGAGAGAACUGAGUCUGUCUGGGAAUAAACUAAGAUAUUCUAGUGUGAAGUUACUCUCUGAUCUGAAGAACGAUCCACAUUAUAAACUGGAGACAUUAUACUAUUGACUCUCAGUAUUUAUCCGUCAGUCCAGUUUGGUCAGGAUCAGCUGAUGGUGAAUAAGGAGCCGCUACAGAGACGUCACAGUCACACAAUCAACAGAGACUGCGUGAUGGAGCCACAAAAACUUAGAGAUGUUCAUUUUCAGUUCAUUUUCCUGACUGACUCCCAACACUCGUUAACCAAUCAUUGACCGUGAAAACUAGAAUGUUACAUUAGAUUUAAAUUAAAUUGGAAUGGAUACGUUUGUGACCCAUUAAAAUACCCAUUAAAAGGGAACUCUUUACAGUUUCUAUUAAUGUUUUGUUCUUUAUCUGUAUGACCAAAAGUGACGGAGUAUUUUAAGUUGUUUCCUCUGUAAUAAGGAAAAUAUCCAGGUGAUAGCUGGAGUCUCUCGUGGGAAACAUUUGUAUUCGUGCAGAAUGAGAUGUAGGUACAUUUCUCUUUAAAUACAUUUUUAUUUUUGUAUUUUUUCUAGAUGUUUAUAUGUUGUUUAUAACUAAUAAUUUUAUAGCUGCUUAUAUUUUUUUAUUUGUAUUUUACUCUGUUUUGAAUACUGUAAAAUUUAAUGGAUUUGCUGACUAUUUGUUUUUUCUCUCAACACAAUUUUAACUGAUAUGUAUAUAAUGUAAAACAUUGUCAUGCAUUUGCUGUACCCCCAUUUAUAAAAUAAUGUGCGAUACUGUA